AUGGAAUCUGGGAGAAGGGGAUGGAAUCUGGGAGAAGGGGAUGGAAUCUGGGAGAAGGGAUGGAAUCUGGGAGAAGGGGAUGGAAUCUGGGAGAAGGGGAUGGAAUCUGGAGAAGGGGAUGGAAUGGGAGAAGGGGAUGGAAUCUGGAGAAGGGGAUGGAAUCUGGGAGAAGGGGAUGGAAUCUGGGAGAAGGGGAUGGAAUCUGGGAGAAGGGGAUGGAAUCUGGGAGAAGGGGAUGGAAUCUGGGAGAAGGGGAUGGAAUCUGGGAGAAGGGGAUGGAAUCGGGAGAAGGGAUGGAAUCUUGGAGAAGGGGAUGGAAUCUGGGAGAAGGGGAUGGAAUCUGGGAGAAGGGGAUGGAAUCUGGGAGAAGGGGAUGGAAUCUGGGAGAAGGGGAUGGAAUCUGGGAGAAGGGGAUGGAAUCUGGGAGAAGGGGAUGGAAUCUGGAGAAGGGGAUGGAAUCUGGGAGAAGGGGAUGGAAUCUGGGAGAAGGGGAUGGAAUCGGGAGAAGGGAUGGAAUCAGGGAGAAGGGGGGGGGGGGAGGGGGAGGGGGAGGGGGGUGGAAUCUGGAAAAGGGGAUGGGGGGAGAGGGGGAGAAGGGGGGGGAAUCUGGGGGAGGGGGGGGAGGAAAAGAGAAAGGGGAUGGAUCUGGGAGAAGGGGAUGGAAUCUGGAGAAGGGGAUGGAAUCUGGGAGAAGGGGAUGGAAUCUGGGAGAAGGGGAUGGAAUCUGGAGAAGGGGAUGGAAUCUGGGAGAAGGGGAUGGAAUCUGGGAGAAGGGGAUGGAAUCUGGGAGAAGGGGAUGGAAUCUGGGAGAAGGGAUGGAAUCUGGGAGAAGGGGAUGGAAUCUGGGAGAAGGGGAUGGAAUCUGGAGAAGGGGAUGGAAUCUGGGAGAAGGGGAUGGAAUCUGGGAGAAGGGGAUGGAAUCUGGGAGAAGGGGAUGGAAUCUGGGAGAAGGGAUGGAAUCUGGGAGAAGGGAUGGAAUCUGGGAGAAGGGAUGGAAUCUGGGAGAAGGGGAUGGAAUCUGGGAGAAGGGGAUGGAAUCUGGAGAAGGGAUGGAAUCUGGGAGAAGGGGAUGGAAUCUGGGAGAAGGGGAUGAAUCUGGGAGAAGGGGAUGGAAUCUGGGAGAAGGGGAUGGAAUCUGGAGAAGGGGAUGGAAUCUGGGAGAAGGGGAUGGAAUCUGGAGAAGGGAUGGAAUCUGGGAGAAGGGGAUGGAAUCUGGGAGAAGGGAUGGAAUCUGGGAGAAGGGGAUGGAAUCUGGGAGAAGGGAUGGAAUCUGGGAGAAGGGGAUGGAAUCUGGAGAAGGGGGGAUGGAAUCUGGGAGAAGGGGAUGGAAUCUGGGAGAAGGGGAUGGAAUCUGGGAGAAGGGGAUGGAAUCUGGGAGAAGGGGAUGGAAUCGGGGAGAAGGGAUGGAAUCUGGAGAAGGGGAUGGAAUCUGGGAGAAGGGGAUGGAAUCUGGGAGAAGGGAUGGAAUCUGGGAGAAGGGGAUGGAAUCUGGGAGAAGGGGAUGGAAUCUGGGAGAAGGGGAUGGAAUCUGGAGAAGGGGAUGGAAUCUGGGAGAAGGGGAUGGAAUCUGGAGAAGGGGAUGGAAUCUGGGAGAAGGGAUGGAAUCUGGGAGAGGGGAUGGAAUCUGGGAGAAGGGGAUGGAAUCUGGGAGAAGGGGAUGGAAUCUGGGAGAAGGGGAUGGAAUCUGGGAGAAGGGGAUGGAAUCUGGGAGAAGGGGAUGGAAUCUGGGAGAAGGGGAUGGAAUCUGGGAGAAGGGGAUGGAAUCUGGGAGAAGGGGAUGGAAUCUGGGAGAAGGGGAUGGAAUCUGGAGAAGGGAUGGAAUCUGGGAGAAGGGGAUGGAAUCUGGGAGAAGGGGAUGGAAUCUGGGAGAAGGGGAUGGAAUCUGGGAGAAGGGGAUGGAAUCUGGGAGAAGGGGAUGGAAUCUGGGAGAAGGGAUGGAAUCUGGGAGAAGGGGAUGGAAUCUGGGAGAAGGGGAUGGAAUCGGGAGAAGGGGAUGGAAUCUGGGAGAAGGGGAUGGAAUCUGGGAGAAGGGGAUGGAAUCUGGGAGAAGGGGAUGGAAUCUGGAGAAGGGAUGGAAUCUGGGAGAAGGGGAUGGAAUCUGGGAGAAGGGGAUGGAAUCUGGGAGAAGGGGAUGGAAUCUGGGAGAAGGGGAUGGAAUCUGGGAGAAGGGGAUGGAAUCUGGGAGAGGGGAAAUGGGGGAGGGGAUGGAAUCUGGGAGAAGGGGAUGGAAUCUGGGAGAAGGGGAUGGAAUCUGGGAGAAGGGGAUGGAAUCUGGGAGAAGGGGAUGGAAUCUGGGAGAAGGGGAUGGAAUCUGGGAGAAGGGGAUGGAAUCUGGGAGAAGGGGAUGGAAUCUGGAGAAGGGGAUGGAAUCUGGGAGAAGGGGAUGGAAUCUGGAGAAGGGGAUGGAAUCUGGAGAAGGGGAUGGAAUCUGGGAGAAGGGGAUGGAAUCUGGAGAAGGGGAUGGAAUCUGGGAGAAGGGGAUGGAAUCUGGGAGAAGGGGAUGGAAUCUGGGAGAAGGGAUGGAAUCUGGAGAAGGGGAUGAAUCUGGGAGAAGGGAUGGAAUCUGGGAGAAGGGGAUGGAAUCUGGGAGAAGGGGAUGGAAUCUGGGAGAAGGGGAUGGAAUCUGGGAGAAGGGGAUGGAAUCUGGGAGAAGGGGAUGGAAUCUGGGAGAAGGGGAUGGAAUCUGGGAGAAGGGGGUGGAAUCUGGGAGAAGGGGAUGGAAUCUGGGAGAAGGGGAUGGAAUCUGGGAGAAGGGGAUGGAAUCUGGGGGGGGGAAUCUGGAGAAGGGGAUGGAAUCUGGGAGAAGGGGAUGGAAUCUGGGAGAAGGGGAUGGAAUCUGGGAGAAGGGGAUGGAAUCUGGGAGAAGGGGAUGGAAUCUGGGAGAAGGGGAUGGAAUCUGGGAGAAGGGGAUGGAAUCUGGGAGAAGGGGAUGGAAUCUGGGAGAAGGGGAUGGAAUCUGGAGAAGGGAUGGAAUCUGGGAGAAGGGGAUGGAAUCUGGAGAAGGGGAUGGAAUCUGGGAAAGGGGAUGGAAUCUGGGAGAAGGGAUGGAAUCUGGGAGAAGGGGAUGGAAUCUGGGAGAAGGGGAUGGAAUCUGGGAGAAGGGGAUGGAAUCUGGGAGAAGGGGAUGGAAUCUGGGAGAAGGGGAUGGAAUCUGGGAGAAGGGGAUGGAAUCUGGGAGAAGGGGAUGGAAUCUGGAGAAGGGGAUGGAAUCUGGGAGAAGGGGAUGGAAUCUGGGAGAAGGGAUGGAAUCUGGAGAAGGGGAUGGAAUCUGGGAGAAGGGGAUGGAAUCUGGGAGAAGGGGAUGGAAUCUGGGAGAAGGGGAUGGAAUCUGGGAGAAGGGGAUGGAAUCUGGAGAAGGGGAUGAAUCUGGGAGAAGGGGAUGGAAUCUGGGAGAAGGGGAUGGAAUCUGGGAGAAGGGGAUGGAAUCUGGAGAAGGGAUGGAAUCUGGGAGAAGGGGAUGGAAUCUGGGAGAAGGGAUGA